ACAGGAAGCAGUAUUUCUUCCCUGUCACUUCCUUACUCUGCUGUUUCAGCUAACCGAAACUUCAGACUUCAGUCCUUUCUUGUCUCUAAAACGAUAAAAAAUAUUUAUUUUCCUGGUGAGUGUGUGUGUGAGUGUGAGUGUGUGUGUGUGUGCUGUGGGAUUUGAUGGUGGCGGUGUUAGCUGGCAGACAGGAGGGACGGCUGAGGGCUCGGGGCAGGACCAUCGUCUACACGCUGCUGCAGCAGUUCUCCACGUAACUGACCAGACUGGAUUGAAAUGGACUUUGAGCAAGGCUUUGAAGCAACUGCAUCUUUUCAAGGAGAACGGAGGAAGAUCAUCCAGCCGACGUCUUUAAACGAUCCCAAACUGGCAAAGCUAAAGGAGGUGCUGGUGGAGUGGAUCAAUAGCACUCUCAAGUCAGAGCACAUAGUGGUGCAGUCGCUUGAGGAAGACAUCUAUGAUGGACUUGUGCUCCAUCAUCUUCUCAGGAGGUUAGGAGAUGUACAUGUAGAGGUGGAUGAUAUCGCACUGACCACUACUGCUCAGAUGAGAAAGCUGGAGUUGGUUUUACAAGCUCUCGACCAGAAACUCGGACUCAGUUCCCAAGAUGACGAUGCAGCAAAAUGGAACGUCAAACUCCUCCACAGCCGAGACCUGCUCGCCACUCUGCAUCUGCUGGUUGCCAUGGUGAAGAACUUCCAGCCCAGCCUGCCCCUGCCCCCAAAUGUCAGCGUGGAAGUCGUCUCGUUAGAGGUCAACAAGAGCGGCAUCAAAUCUGACAAACAGAUAGAAUACAUCACAUCGCAGAGUGAGGAUGGAGAUGGAGGAUCUAAUAAAGACGAUCCCAUAGAUGAGCUGCUCAAACUUGAUGCACACAAAAUUGCUACAGUAAAGAAGGCCAUUUUGCACUUUGUCAAUAAGAACAUGUCAUCACUGAGGCUGCAGGUUGUUGAUGUGGAGCAACAGUUUGCAGAUGGUGUGUUCCUGCUUUUGCUGAUUGGUCAAUUGGAAGACUUCUUUAUUCCACUCUAUGAGUUCUACCUGUCUCCAAAUGGGGAAUCGGAGAUGCUUCACAAUGUGACACUGGCGUUGGAUAUCCUCAGUGACAGAGAAGUACAGGUUUCCGGUAUUAACCCAGAAGAUAUCGUGUCGCAGGAUGUGUCCGCCACGCUGAAAGUGUUGUACGCCCUGUUUAAGAAGCAUAAGAACAAGUAAUCCACAGCCAGGCCCAAUCUGCAGCCUCCACAGAUUACAUUUCCUGUAAAUGUCUGCCUCGGGUUAAGCAUCUCUUUAUGUUAGAGGGCAACUCUAACAUUCAGCUGACAUUGUGAAUGGCAUUAGAGCAGCAGAUCAGUGGCAGUUGUCUAGACUACAGAAGCAUUAAUGAACACAAGAGACCAUUUGUCCACUCGGCUCAUUAUGCAGACAGGGUGUGGAUGCUGACAGCAUGUUCACUGAUUAUCUUCUUUUUCUUCCUAUAUUCAACUGUCCUGCACAUUCUCUUUGCUGGGAUUCUGUCUUGAAAGUCUUACUGUUCCCAAUGAAUCUCCUAGAAACACUUUUCUUUCCUGUCUUAAAUCAAUGCUUAGAAGAUUUUUUAAAAGGGCAAUAUGUCAAACCAUAAAUUAAGCUCUGUUAAAGGAUAAAUCCAGUGUGAAAUGGACUUGGACUGUAGUGAAACAUGAUAACGAUUAUAAACAUUUGUUGAAUAACCCACAGCAUUCUAAAAUACAGCACUUUUAGCUGAUGCUCCCAACAGAUUUACAAUUCUAGAGAUAGGGGCAUAGAGUUUUCCAUGCCAAGAAAUGGCUAUAUUUGCACUAUUAACAAGCUCCACACUUCAUUGGUAAAAUUUUGAGAGCCCUUAUACUGAAAACGAGGCACUGAGAACUCUGAAAGUGUUCAUACACACAGUUUCUUCAGGUACUUCUCCAGAUGCCAUCUUAAAAUUAAGUCUCGAUAAGUCAACUGACAAGCAUGAGCAAAUAGGUAAGAUAGGGGAACAGCAUGAAUUCAAGUUGUUAUAAAGAUCUUUUUAGCAACAGCUGGAAUUAAUUUUGCAAUCAGUUCUUCAACGCUGUGUUUGUGCUCCGAAGUUGACUUAUCAUGACUUAAUUUCAAGAUGACGCAGGUGGAGGUGAGCUAUCCUUAUUUCUCCUUUAACUAAUUUCAUCCUUAAAAAAAAGGUGAAUGUGUACAAUGCCUGUAGUAUGUCUGUACAAUAAAUUUGCAAAAUGUUCUACGCAUAAACAGGGAUGGAUUACUGACUAUGCCAAUGGAAUCAGUGCCCAGGGGUCUUUAUUGGGCCUUACAAGACACCUCAGCAGUUAUGUUAAACCCCACAGUAAAUGUUAAAGUAAAAUAAAGGAUUGAUAAUUUUCUAAAAACAACAAUAAAAUUGCAUUGGGUAUGAACAUU